AUGCGAAUCGCGUCCUUCCGACUGCACUGGUCCCUCCCCAGCACGGCUGAUGCAGAUCAGCAGGCCAGCGGCGAGCCAACGAAGCGAGCGCGCGACUUGUGGGGAUGGGUGCAGGAGGACGCGGUCGCAGACGCGUUCCUGCGUGCGUUGACAGCUCCAGAAGGAGCGUGGACUGGACACGAGGCAUUCUACCUCGUCGCGCCCACUGCCACAACUGCGGGCGCGGAUAUCGGCAAGCUUCUGAAGGAAGUGUAUCCGGAUGUGCCGUUGAAGGAGGGGUUCGUGCCUUCGGGUAGGAUGGGGUUAUAUGACUGCUCGAAGGCUGAGCGAGUGCUGGGCUGGAAACAUCCGGCUUAG